UGCGGCUGCGAACCUUAUUUUACAUCACGUGAUGUUUCUUAACACCGAAAGAAGCAAAAAGAGACAUCGAGAGACACUUCGCGAUUCAAGGUCACGAUCCAAGAACAAGAUCACGAUCCCUGGCCACCACCUUGUCUUGAGGCGAGCAGGCGAUGGAUCACCAGACGUCAGCAGAUCGAGCGGGGCCGAUCUGAUCUCUCGUCUCGCUUCACACCACAAUGGCCGAUUCACCGCGCGGCCACGUCCCGGGCAUCGCAACUCCAGGUGCUUCUACUGGUGCUGCUCCCCCUCCACCACCGCCGCCGCCUUUACCUCCUCCACCUCCUCCAGCGCCUCCAUUACCCCCCCAGCGUUAUGCGAACAGAGCUACUAGUGCCCUUGCGCGUCUCGCUCAUCCAUUCAUCUACGGUUCCAGGCCUCCAAGUCCACAGCCUACUUCCCCACUGCCAGUCCCAACACCACCUCCAGCCCUGGUGACCAGACCCAGCUAUACUAUUUCUCCUCCUGGCAGCGCCCCGAUCAUCACACAUAAGGCAGGAAUCCCAAUAUCAGCUGUUGAUAUCUCCCCACAGCGAACCCAUGCCAUAGUUGCCGGAAGAGAAAUCCUUAAGACAAUCCGCGUCACGUCUUCUCAGUGCGUUGAAGAAACAAAUAUCCGAUCUGCUGUGAUAGGCCACUCCUCGAGCCACCACCCUUCUGGACCGUCCAGUAAAAACAAGGAGCACCUAGCUACCAAGGAUGUCAAGUGGUCUCAUUCGGAGUAUAACCGAAUAAUCGCCGCUGCAACAAGCAAUGGGCGCAUUGUUGUUUAUGACCUGAGCCGCCCUGGCGUGGAAUAUGGCCGGUUCAAUGAACAUUCUCGCCAGGUCCAUCGGCUUGCCUUCAGUCCCUAUCGCGGCGCCUGGUUGCUUUCUGGAAGUCAGGAUGCUACUGUGCGACUAUGGGAUUUACGCACGGUGUCCAGUGACAGAUCUGCCAUGCAUAUCGGGAGCACUAGCGUGUUUAAUGGCCACAGCGAGGCUGUACGUGAUAUCCGAUGGUCUCCUGCUGAACCUGUAGAGUUCGCCACAGCUACAGACAGUGGCGUUAUUCAAAAGUGGGAUAUUCGUAAGGACAACGUUCCUGUUAUACGGAUAAAUGCUCAUGAAAAGGCCUGUUCGUCCGUUGACUGGCAUCCCGAUGGCAGACAUCUCCUCAGCGGCAGUGUGGACCGCCAAGUGAAAGUGUGGAACUUCUCUUCCACUGAUCGGAGGCAGAAACCGUGUCUCCAGCUAAGGACCCCGCAAGCUGUUUUAAAUGCACGCUGGCGCCCACCAAGCUUGACUGGCCAUGAUUAUGAGACUGCCAGCUGGGAAUCUACUCAAAUUGUUACAUCAUAUGAUCAGGAAGAUCCCCGUAUCCACAUCUGGGACUUUAGAAGGCCACACAUUCCGUAUAAGGAAAUUGACCGUUAUACAAACUCCGCUACAGACCUACUAUGGCAUUCUCAGGAUUAUCUAUGGACCGUCAGUUCGGAAGGCAUAUUUAUGCAGGCCGAUAUCAGCCUGGCCCCAGAAGCUAUAGAGCGAAGAGCGCCAUGUGCGGUAACAUGGAGCCCCGAUGGCAAAUUUCUCGCAUUUUUCGAACCGCGCCGAAGAAGACACAAGCAGAGUUAUAACUACAGCAAUACAGAAACCGUUGAAUCCAUCCCUGUGCCUGUUCAACGAAGGGGCAAAGAGGGUGAGGACAGGCUACAAACCGCUAGCCACAGCCUUACUGAUGAAGCCCCAGAGGAUGGCUCUCAGGUAGUUGGGAUUCGAAAACGUACAAACAAGGUAUCCUCGGCAAGGAGCUCUAAAUCACUCAGUGCUACCCCCCCUAUGCAAGAUGAUGAAUUACAAGUUGUUACACUUGUCAAAUCGGUCGGUAAUAUUAAAGACAUUACCAAUGAACAAGAUGGCAUGAUAGGAUGUGUUGAAGGAGCAACAUUCAACCCAGAUGCUUUCAAUUAUCUGGUGCAGCAUUAUUCUCCGCUACUGGCGGACCCGCUCAACGAACGGAACAUGUCAGUUGAAGUUGUCAAACAUCUUCUAGAUGGGUUAGAUGAGAAUACCAUGCAAGCUGCCGUGGUGCGUUCUGGCCGACUGGCGCAGACUUGGCGAAUUGUAAGGUAUGCCAUAUCACAGGAGUUACUGAAUCAACACAAGCAGCGUCAACUUGAGUUGAAACAAAGCAGUACCUCCAAGACGGGGCCUAAGAUUGGUAGCCGCGGUAGUAGCACUAACAUAAUAAAGCUUGACCCAACUGUUUCCGACAAAUCUAAGACUCGGAUCUUCAAGGGGGUUGUGGAUGGAGAUUCUCAAAGACUUAUGACCCUUAGCCCGGAGCCUAACUCAGGCGCUACAACUCCACUUGCACGACCCAUACCUGAUUCAUCAAUCGCUGCUGCUAUAGCUGGUGGACAAGUACCCAAUACAGGCUUGAAUGAAGAACUUGGGCAACUCAGGCCUAUCCCAUCGCUGAUAUUAUCUAGUGACGAGGUACUGAGCAAACAGGCCCAGGCGAGCGUGGCUGGUCUAGGCCUAGAUAAUACUGAAUCUAGUUGGCUUCAAGACAGUAACGGACUGAGAACCCCGACGAACAAACGCUCAACAACUCAGUCCCAUGUGGAAGACACGAUUGCAGACCAGACUAGAUCAGCCCCCCGAGCUAUAUCUGGUAGAGCGGAAUGGAGGCGUGAGGAAAAACCUCGCCCUAAGCCCACUGGAGAUGAAUCGGCCAUCAAAGAUGAAGGGGAAACAAACAAAGAAGACAGUAAAGAGGGAAAUGGUGACAUAGUUGCGCCUCAGACUCAUCAAGUGUUUCGGAAACGCCUGUUGUCAAUGGAGCGUGCGGCACAGGAGAGACCAUCUAUUCCCGUUGCAUACAAACGACACGACUCCGGCGAGAGUUUUCCUAUGUUCUCAGCCUCAGACAGCUCUCACCGUACCAAAUCCUUUGAUGAGGCAUCUUCUUCACUGACAGAUGACCCUUCACGUUAUGAAGGCUGGCCAUCGACGACUGAAGCGUCAUUACAUGAUAUACCCGAGCUUGAAGGGAGCUCUCCUCCUAGACCCGGGAGAUGGGAAAACCAUAGCGACUCGAUGAGCGACAUGUCGUUGGAAGAUUUACCCCCACAAUCUGCCACAGUCGACCUUGAAAGACCUGUGAGCCCGUUACCUUUCCUGGCGGAGUCAUCUCCCAUAAAAAAGCCAUCACGGGUUGGGUAUUCUCGCCCCCCGGCACGGUUUAAACCGCAUCCUAGCUCGCGAAACCCUUCUCUGCUGACUGAAACAUCGGUUACGCUCCCUCUCUGCCCAAAGUCUACAUCGGACACGCCUUGGGGUGUUCAAACUAUCGUGAGAGAAAUAAUAAAACAUUACUGUAGUAGCGCGUCCGUUGACAUACUUUCCGCGUCCCAUCUUCUCCAUAAAAUGCACAUUCUCUACAGCUCUUGCGACGAGCUUCUGCCCCAAGGAGAAAGAGAGCUGAUAUUCAAAACCCUCAACGAACAGCUUCUCCGGCAGGGCAUGUUUGUUGAAGCCGCCGAAUUCCGACUUGUUUGCGUUCCCUCAUACCCAGCUCUUUAUGAUUAUGCUCAAAAGGAUACAUUCAUCAACGUGUUCUGUUUUGAGUGCAAUAAACCCUACGAAAAUCCAAUCCAGGACAAUAAGUUAUGCCACCGAUGUAACACACCUCAACCCCCAUGUACGAUUUGUGUUAGUCGUAAGCCCCCUACAGAAUGGGCGGCCGAAACCAACCAAAGUCCACGAUCUAAUACCAACCUUACCGAUGGUUCUUACACUAACAUUAGCCCCCUUGAAGAUGGUUUAAUAUACCAACAACAGGAACAGCCUGGAUCUCGGUUACAUGGCUCAGGUCUUUGGUCAUGGUGUCAAACAUGCGGACAUGGCGCCCACACAGCAUGUUUAACUGCAUGGCUAACAGAUAUAUCUCUUAGCGAAGGUGGCUGUCCCACCCCCGGAUGUUUCCAUGACUGUGGGCCUGGCCCUCGACGAGAACAGAACCGCCUUGCUCAACAGGAAGCGAGCAAGAGAUCGAGAAGUGCCUUCUACGGCCGAAAGCCGAGCUCAACUUUCAUCAAAAGGGAUUCAUGGACAGCUGGCGAAAGCAGAGCAGUUGAAAGAGUGAGAGGCAUUCUUGGCGGAGGGGCUCCGACCCCUGUGGAGGCUGGACCUACCGCAGGUCAGGGAAGUACCCCUGGGCUUUCUGCUGGUGGCUUAGGGCCCUCAGCUGUUAUCUCUCCAAAAAAAGUCAGGCUUGUUGCUCCCGGUGAACAAGACAUCGCGGGCAAUGAGCACUAA